AGCAAUGGACCUCACAGUCAACAGACACUGGGUGUGCGUACAGCAGUCGGUCGGUCGGUCGGUAGCUCCACCGGCAGCAGCCCACGGAGAGAGAAGACAUCACCUCACGGCUAUUUUCCAUUGACCAGUAAAGAGCCGGCAGAGAGAGGAACAGUAGAGAAGGCGAGCACGGGCGGAGAGGAUAAUUGCAUUUCUGGCUGCCCUGUGGGAACAUGGGAUAUAUGACCUCAUCAUUCACCUGUGAGGCUCUCCAGUAAACAACUCCAGAUAGAAGGAUGACGGAAGCAGCUGUAGAGAGUGCACAUGUCCUCCUAAAACCCUGUGAUGUGACGCCAUGUGAUGUCAUCAGCUGCCCCUCCCCACCGUCCUGCGAUCAGAGGGAGAAUGAGGAGUGUCGCCAUGACAGUAAGAAGCAGCAGGAGCAGCAGAAAAGCUGUAACCAGGUGCAACCAAAGAAAAAAGUUAAGGCCAAAGGAAAGUUGGUGCGGAGUAUGGCUGUCUGCGAGGAGUCAUCAUCAUUUGAAGAAACCCAGGCAUCUCCAGAUGCAAACAUCUCAUCUAGCUGCCAUGACAACGAGAUAACUUCCUGUAAGGAGGAAGAACAGGAGAACAGCACAGACCCAAAGAAACCCUCACUGUCCAAAGAGUCCAGUGUGGAGUACACCGACUCCACCGGCAUAGACCUACACCAGUUUAUUGUCGACACCCUCAACAGCAACCCCAGAGACCGAAUGAUGCUGCUUAAACUGGAGCAGGACAUGAUCGACUUUCUCACCAGCAAUAGUUCCUUUAAGAAGUUCCCUCACAUGUCGUCCUACCACCGUAUGCUGGUCCAUCGGGUGGCGGCCUACUUUGGCAUGGAGCACAAUGUAGACCAGACAGGCAAGUCUGUCAUCAUCAACAGGACCAGCAGCACACGCAUACCGGAGCAGCGUUUUCUGGAAGAGGUGCACAAGGACAAGACAGAAGAGAUCCAGCGGUGGAAAAUCAUUUUGAAGAGAGACAACAGCUCAGAUGACCAGACCCGACUUCACCCCUUACGGGAGAAACAAAGCAAGUCAAUGGAGGAGAGAGAGGAGGAGUACCAAAGAGCACGAGACCGAAUCUUCAACCAAGAGCCACCUUGCACCCAGGAGAGCGCCCAUGCAGAAACCAGGGCUGCGGAGGAGUACAAUCCAUAUGCUGAGACCCAGAGGAGAAGGCAGCUCUUCAGGGGGAGCCGUGACAGCUCAGGCUCCAGCUGGACAGGCAGCAGCAGGCAGAGUAGCACUGAGACCGACUGUCGCUAUAGCAACGACCCCCGACCUUGGAGCAGCACAGAUUCUGAUUCGUCUUACCAAUGGACGAGUCCCACCUCGAAGCCCCGCCAAGCUGCCAACCACAGCUGGGACGCACGUGGUUCAGGCUCCAUCUCUCUUUACAGACUGCCAUCCACCUGUCCCCACCCCUCCUCCCCUCCCAUCCUAGAUGAGCCGGCUCCUAACUCUGCCUACAUAAUGGAGAACGGGAUCCCGCCUGGAAGCAUACUAGUGAACCCACUUACUGGGCAGCCUUUCCUGAAUCCUGAUGGGACCCCUGCUGUGUACAACCCUCCGGACAGUCAGCAGCCAAUCAGGAGCCAGACUCAGCUGCAAAGCUCUCCCUCUCAGCACCAACAGCAGCAGGUGGUUCAGUAUUCAUCUGUCUCUUACACAGCCCCACAGAUGUUGCCUGUCACUCCCUCACAGCCAUACACCACAAUUGAAGAUCUCUCCUCGCAGCUUGCUCAUGUAAGCUGCCAGUCGACGGGUGAAGCCCCGCCCCUCUACCCUCCCAGUCAGGGUUACAUCUAUGCAGCCCCUCCUCCUCCUCCCCCUCCCAACCCCACCAGCUACUGCCAACCCUCACCUCAGUUGCCUGUGUAUUACUACAGCCAGUACCCUACCUCAGCUCAGCACCCAUGCAAGCCUGUCUCACCCAGCCAGCACAUCCACAGCCAGGCAGCACAACCAACAGCAGGUUACACCCCUGCUGUGGGGGUGCAGCAGCAGUCUUCACACCCCCAGACCCAGGCUGUGCUAGGGACCUACUCACCAAUGGCCUCUCAUCAGCGUAGCGUAGUUCAGGGAGGUGUUUCAGUGUCCUAUCCCCAAAGUAAAGUUGUUGGUGAGGCAGGUUACUGCUGCGUGGUGGCCCCCCCACCCCUCCACCACGGCAGCUGCCAUCCUCCCAGCUGCACCAACCUCAGCGCCCCGGCCUGGAGCGCACAGUACUGAUGAUGCCUCGACGGAUGGAGCGAUGAUACACGAGUUCCUGCGUGAAUUCACAUGCAUACACACACACACACAUUCAUAACAUAAACACCUUUUUAUCACACUCCCUCACCUACACCCGCCUUCCCCCUGACGAUGCCCACAGGGUUCACACUUAUAACAAGCAUGCACACACACACACACACACACACACAAACACAAACACGCAUAAACACGCACAUAUACACAGAAAUGUACCACUGUACCAAAGCUUAAUAGUAUAUAUCAGAGCUGCUGUAUUGAAUGCAUAAUUUAUAUACACAAAUGGAGUUUUAUAUUGAUAUUAAAUUAUAUAUUGUGUUCCAAGGAAAUGCACUGUGUGAAUAGAAUAAAGUGCUGUGGCUGGAUUGACAAUGUCACAUUUCUAUAU